GAAAUAAUUUACAGAUGCGAGGUUUGGUUGUAUUGCUUAUUUCCAAAGCUGCUGGACCCAGCAAAGCAGAGCUCUCUUUCCAGCACAACAUGGUCAGUGGGAUUUAUUCCAGUCAAAGAAGUCUUGCAGAGAUUACGGAACUGAUCCACACUGCCUUUCUGGUGCAUCGAGGCAUAGUGAACAUUGGUGAGCUCAAGUCCUGUGAUGGCCCGCUGAAGGAUAUGCAAUUUGGGAAUAAAAUGGCUGUUCUGAGUGGAGAUUUUCUGCUCGCAAAUGCUUGCACAAGUCUUGCUCAGUUACAGAAUACCAAGGUUGUGGAACUCAUAUCAAGUGCUAUUGGUGAUUUAGUUCAAGGUAUCUACUAUGAAAAUUCAAGAUCAUCUGAGAACUGUCUUACAGAUGACAUUGGAAUAUCUACGUGGAAGGAACAGGUUUUCCUGUCACAUAGUGCCUUGCUGGCAAAGAGCUGCCAGGCUGCAAUGGAACUAGCAAAGCAUAGCUCUGAGAUUCAGGACAUGGCAUUUCGGUAUGGAAAGCACAUGUCCAUGAGUCAUAAGCUGCAUUCAGACCUUCAGCCAUUUGUUAAAGAAAGUUCUAGUGAUGCCAUGGCCUUCAGUUUGAAUUGUGCUCCUGCAGUCCUUCAUCAGGAAUUCCUUGGAAGGGAUGCAUGGAUUAAACAGAUCAGAGAGGCACAAGGAAAAGGAAAUUUGAUGGACUACAAGAAGCUGCAAGAAGCGAUCAAGGCUGGCAAAGGUGUGACUUCUGCCAUCGACCUGUGCCGUUGCCAUGGAAACCGCGCACUGGCAGCCCUGGAGAGUUUCCCUCCCUCGGAGGCCAGAGCCGCCCUGGCCAACAUCGUCCACGCCGUGACCCGGUUCUCCUGAGCUCUUCGUGGGAGCUGCCUGGUGCCCAUCGGCAGGGACCCGCCUGACCUCCCUCCAUGACAGGCAAAAUUCGGGGAAGGGGGAGAAAAAGGAAAAAGAAAGACGGGGGAAAUAAAAAAAGGUCACGCGUUCACUUGUCGUGCCAGAAGCACACUUGAGGCUGCGCCGGCAGAAAUAAUUAAUGAGGCCCGUUUCCGUGACUUCAGCAAAUGGACAGGAAAUAAGUGCGUAUUGAUUGGGCAUCGGCGGGGACGGCGCCAGGGCGGAGGCCGGUGGUUUUCCUGCCCAGGGAGGGCGUGCGGAGGGAGCGGGUGUCACACAAAACGCCCCCGGCUGCCAGAGCCAGCGGGCACCCCAUCUUCCACUGCAGGGCAGGGAAUUAACAGGGGAAAGUCCUUGAUCUGUCUGCGCGGCCGGGGCUCCUCGCGCUCUUUUCAUGUAUUGCAAUGUAAAGUUGCCCUGUGUCUAAUGCUUUCCCUAUCUGAGAAACUUGCCGAGAAAAUGUGUCAAGCAUGGUAAGUAGGAGCUUUAAGAUAUUUAAUCAAAUAUUAAUUUGGCUCUGCUGAGGGAAGUGGCUGCCUGGUUUUUGUACUGUGCGUACAGAAUGUGCUUCUCUGGGUCAAAGAAUUGAAGGAAUUGAGGGAAUACCCUUCUCUAAGAUCGAGUAGUUUGUUUCUGCACAACCUUACACAGAAUAAUUUCCUGGAUUUGCGAUGCUUGUAUUCGUUUCAGCCAAAUAAAUGGUAAUUUGUAAGGCUAGAUGUCAGCCUUGGGCAGAAAAGAACACAAAGUCUGUGUGAAAUUCUUCUGUGAGCGCAGCCUUUCGCGGCUCUGAAUGAAAUGGAGAAAACAUUGGAGAAGUUCUGAAUCUCAGUGUUCUGAAUUUUAAAGUCCAACUACAGAAAGCUUGAGGUGUAUCAGGAGCUUGCAAUGUGAGACUGUCUCUGUUUUGUUCAUAGGAGAUGAUUUUUGUGGUUUGCAUGCAUGCAAUCUGAGAACAUCGUUGACAAGAAGGCUGAGUUUACAUAAAUGAUCUAGAUUGAGACUCAGCUACCUUUCUUCCUUCUGUGGUGUAAUUACAGCCCGAUCUGGAGACAGCUAGCACAGCAAACAGAUUUCAUUACAUCGUUCACUCAAACACUAAGUGGAGUUAUUUCUGUUAAAUUCUCUCCUCCCUCCUUCUCCCCCUGCACUCCUCCCCGCUCUGUCACACAGCUUAUUUAUCAUAGACCAGUGUGUUGCAUUCCACCGAGUGCAAAAUACAAAUACAAACUGUAUCCUCUAAAAAUAUACUGAAAAUGUAUCCCGCAUAAUGUACAUAAUAUUCCAUGUAAUAUAUGUCUAUAUUAUACUGUAAUAUUGCAUGUAUAAUAAGGACGCUUGAGACAAUCUUUGUACAGGAGCAGUGUCCAAAACUCAGGACUUGUUUUAUUUUGGAGAAUGUCUUCAGCAUGAGACCACUUCUUGCUUGCACUUUGUUUUCCAUGCCUGCCCUGGCAUUUUCUGUCUUCCCAAGCUCAGGGCACUUCUGCCCAUGUUGGUGCUGCUGCUGCAGGAAGGCUGGAGGCUGCAGAAGAGCACACAGGUGAUGGCAUCCAUGGGCAUCUGCCUUAGAACUUCAGGGAACUUCACAGGUGCAAAUGUACACUGGUUAGCUAACGUAGGCACCAGGCUUGAAAGUAAAUACUUAAAUUCAACCCCAGUUGUAUUUCAGACAGCUUUUCUGGACCUGGACCUGAUUGUUACAUGUUACAUAUAGAAGAAGCCAUACCUUGUCUUUAUUUUACAUCUACGCUAAGUGCUUCAAAAUGAUUAAAGGCUACAGGAAACUGGGGUCUGCUGGAGAUAUUCUGAGCUAUCUUACCUCGGUUAUAUGAAGAAAAAAAUCAAACAUGCAAAACAACUGUGUACACCUGGUUUAUUUUUUCAUGCAAGUACAUCUUUUUUAUUUGUACUUUUUACUAAUAAAGGCAAAUCGACAAAACUA